AUGCCUUUAGAGGUGAAGUUAAGAUUACAGUCAGACAAUGAAAUUCUUAAAUCAGCUAUUGAACACCACAAAGUGCUCUUAGUAGAAAAGGAUCGUGAAUUAAUACGUAAAGUACAAGCAGCCAAGGAAGAAGGUUAUCAAAAACUUGUAGUAUUACAAGAUGAAAAGCUAGAACUUGAGAACAGAUUAGCAGAUUUAGAGAAAAUGAAAGUGGAACGUGAUGUCUGGAGGCAAUCUGAAAAGGAUCAGUGUGAAGAGAAAUUGCGGGCCUCACAGAUGGCAGAAGAGUCGGCCAGAAGGGAACUUCAGAGUAUUAGUAAAGUACAAGCAGCCAAGGAAGAAGGUUAUCAAAAACUUGUAGUAUUACAAGAUGAAAAGCUAGAACUUGAGAACAGAUUAGCAGAUUUAGAGAAAAUGAAAGUGGAACGUGAUGUCUGGAGGCAAUCUGAAAAGGAUCAGUGUGAAGAGAAAUUGCGGGCCUCACAGAUGGCAGAAGAGUCGGCCAGAAGGGAACUUCAGAGUAUUAGGUUAAAAUUUCAACAGCAAAUUGUGAAUAUUGAAAAUGCAGAGAAGGAAAAAAAUGAGAAUUCUGACCUGAAACAGAGAAAAUCUCUUUAUGAAAACAAAUUGAAGAGACUACAGGAGAAGGUAGAAGUCUUAGAGGCAAAGAAAGAAGAAUUGGAAACAGAAAAUCAGGUGUUAAAUAGACAAAAUGUUCCAUUUGAAGAAUAUACAAGACUUCAGAAAAGACUAAAGGAUAUACAGAGAAGACAUAAUGAAUUUCGAAGUCUGAUUUUAGUUCCUAAUGUACCUCCAACUGCAUCCCUCAAUCCUGUGAGCUUUCCAUCAUCAGCUAUGGUUCCAGGCAUAGAACUGUCUUUUCCUCCACAUAUGCAGGAGGAACAGCAUCAAAGGGAACUUUCUCUACUUCGCAAAAGACUAGAAGAACUAGAAACAACACAAAAGAAACAACUAGAGGAACUUGGAUCUCCUGCGGAAUGAUAAUCGUGGAGAAAAGACAGAUCAAAAAGGGUGAAGUCAGUGACUCAGUAAAGCUUAAGUACUCACAUAUGUGGCAUGUAGAUCUUUUAUUACUCUUUGCCAAAAUACUUGAAUGUGCCUCAAGAAAAGGUACCAGCAAAUGCUAUAUUGCAUGAGUAUCAGGAUUUUAGGAUUAUACUAAUGACAAGUGAUGCAUUAAAGGAAACACUUUCAGAGAUAUUUAGAAUAUUGACACCUCUUUGAAAAUGUAAGAGUAAAUAAAAGGAAUUAGGGGCUCAAGUUUUUAAAUAUUUAUUCAUUUUACUUUGUUGAAUUUGGCAUUUUGCCUGAAUAUGCCAUCUUGAAUUCCUCUCCCUCAUCUUUGAGGUGCUUGGCAACAACAGGGUCAGUAAAUAUCUUCUGGUUUACCACAUACAAGACUUACAAGCCUCUAGUUUUUGAAAAAUGACAAUUUAAAAGCAUAAAAAAAAAUAAAGGUAUCUAAAUAUAUAUAUAUUCACAAAAGGCUACCUUUUAUAAAAGUUG